GCACAGUACUACUACCACCACCACCACCACCACUAGGCCAGUGCCACCACCACCACCACCGCCUUCGCUAGCCCAAAUCAAACGCCCGAGGAGCUCGCCAGCGACAGCGCCCAGAAAAAAACCAGACGCGAAAAGGCAAGGGAGAGAGGGAGGGGGCUUUAGGGAGGCGGAGGCGGACGAGGCCCCGAAUCGCAAACCCUAGCCUUCCCGAUCUGCAAUGCCGGCGGCGUGAGCGGGGCAGAUGAGGCGGGUGGCGCCGGCGAUGAUCCUCGCCUCCGCGGGUGGCGGGGGCGAGGGGGAUGGGGGUGAAUCAUUCGUGGAGAAGGCGCUGCCGAAUGGGGACGUGUACAGCGGCGGGUUCGCGGGCGGCGCGCCGCACGGCAAGGGCAAGUACGUGUGGGCGGACGGGUGCAUGUACGAGGGGGAGUGGCGCCGCGGCAAGGCGUCCGGGAAGGGCCGCUUCUCCUGGCCCUCGGGCGCCACCUUCGAGGGCGAGUUCCGCGGGGGCCGGAUCGAGGGGCAGGGCGUCUUCGUCGGGCCCGACGGCGCCACCUACCGCGGCGCCUGGGCGGCCGACAGGCGCCACGGCGCCGGCGCCAAGAGCUACGCCAACGGGGACUACUACGAGGGCCAGUGGCGCCGCAACAUGCAGGACGGCCACGGCCGCUACGUCUGGGCCGCCGGGAACCAGUACGUCGGGGAGUGGCGCGGCGGGGUCAUCUCCGGCCGCGGCGUGCUGAUCUGGGCCAACGGGAGCCGCUACGACGGCGUGUGGGAGAACGGCGUGCCCAGGGGCACGGGCGUCUUCACCUGGCCCGACGGGAGCCGCUACGUCGGCUCCUGGCCGCGGAGCUGUGUCGACCUGCCGGCCAUCAGCGGCACCUUCUUCCCGCCAGUUGGCGUAGGGGGUACGGCGCGGAAGAGGUCGUCCGUGGAGGGGAUUGGGGAGAAGGCGGCGGCCGUGCCGCGGAUCUGCAUCUGGGAAUCGGAGGGCGAGGCAGGGGACAUCACCUGCGACAUUGUGGAUGCGCUCGAGGCCUCCAUGCUCUACCGGGAGGCCGCGCCCGCUGGAGGUGGCCCAACAUACAUGCGGACGCAGCGCAGCACCCGGCGAGGGGCCAACGGAGGCCCGUGCUGGUCGUCUUCAGCCGCUACCACGCCUGAGGGGAAGCGACCUGGGCAGACCAUCUCUAAGGGGCAUAAGAACUACGAGCUCAUGCUGCAGCUGCAAUUGGGCAUCAGGCAUUCGGUGGGGAAAUCUGCGGCGGUGCCAGUGCGGGAGCUUGCCCUGGCAGAUUUUGAUCCUAGGGAGAAGUUCUGGACACGGUUCCCUCCUGAGGGGUCAAAAGUCACGCCACCACAUUCCUCUCCAGAUUUCCGGUGGAAGGACUACUGCCCCAUGGUGUUCAGACAUUUGAGGAAGUUGUUUGCUGUUGAUCCGGCGGAUUACAUGCUUGCUAUCUGCGGAAAUGAUGCCCUGAGGGAGCUGUCUUCGCCUGGGAAGAGCGGAAGUUUCUUUUACCUCACCCAAGACGACCGAUUCAUGAUUAAAACUGUGAGAAAAUCAGAAGUCAAGUUGCUUAUUCGGAUGUUGCCUAGCUAUUUCCAACAUGUUAGUCGAUAUGAUUACUCUCUAAUUACAAGGUUCUAUGGUGUCCACUGUGUAAAGCCUAUUAAUGGACCCAAGGUCCGUUUCAUUGUCAUGGGAAAUUUGUUUUGCUCGGACUAUCAGAUUCAUCGCCGUUUUGAUCUGAAAGGUUCAUCAUAUGGCCGAACGGCAGACAAAUUCGAAGAAGAGAUUGAUGAGACAACAACUCUUAAAGACUUGGACCUCAACUUUGUAUUUCGGUUGCGGCGAUCUUGGUACAGAGAUCUCCAUGAGCAACUCCAGAGAGAUUGUGAAUUUUUGGAGUCUGAAGGUAUCAUGGACUACAGCUUCUUGGUGGGAGUUCACUUUUGUGAUGAUGUCUCUGCCUCGAAGAUGGGAUUGUCUACUUUUACUGCUUCUCCAAAGCUAUCAAUGAAGUGUGAGACAUUUCAAGUUGGUGGUGGUGGCAUGCCAGAGCUGUGCUUCUCAGAUAACGAUUAUGAUAGGAUACCUGACUGCCGGAAGCCAUUGAUUAGGCUGGGUGCGCACAUGCCAGCCCGGGCAGAGCAAGCAUCCAGAAGAAGCGAGUUCGACCCGUUUCUCCUGAGUGGUGGGGGAUUCCUGGCCCCGAACCAGACCGGCGAAGUGCACGACGUGAUCCUCUAUUUUGGGAUAAUCGACAUUCUUCAAGACUACGACAUCACCAAAAGGCUAGAACAUGCUUACAAGUCGUUACAGACGGACCCCAAUUCAAUAUCUGCCGUGGACCCGAAGCUCUAUUCCAAGAGGUUUCAGGAUUUCAUCGGCAGAAUUUUUGUGGAAGAUGGCUAGAAUUGGGGGUCAAAAGAUGCAUUGAACAGGGAUUCCAUACGAAGUCCAGCCCAGAGGGAGCAGCUGCGAGGAUUGAUUGCAAGGUGGUUUUUGGUAUAUUUUCUUCAAGGUCAAAGGAACUCCUCUGUCUGUAGUUACCAACAAUCAUCAUCAGCCGUUGGAAACCGGUACGAGUUGCUCGUCGACUGGAUAAUCACCGUUGAACGAACCUCGACCAGCAGUGGAAGGUAGGCGAAGCUGCAAAAGCAAAUUUGCCGCAGACCAGAUUGUGGGCUGUGGCUGGAUUUUGGAACGCGGCCACGAGAUCGGAAGACUAGGCAUCUGUACAUUUUGUGAUUUGGUGGGUGGUGAGAGGUUGGUCCUUCCAGCUCAGCUGCUCCCUUGGGUAGCAUGGGCAGCCCUUUUUCUUUCUCUCUCUUCUUUUUUAGUUAGAGUUAGGAUUCAUUUCUUGGGUGUUUCAAUUUUUCCCCUUUUUAUAUAUCUGUCGGAUGUAAAGAAAUGGGGGGAUAGGGAAUUUUUGUUUCCAGAAAGAGGGGUAAUUUAAGGCUGCGGCAAGCAGUGGCUGAAUAAUGUGAGAGACCAUGUACAGAUACUACCACAUUUCCGAUCCAGAGAAUGGUUGUGGCGGCGGAUCAGAAUUGAAUUCGGCAUCUUCUUCCCUGCA